AUGCCAAGCGCAGACUUUACGUCUUCGACUACUGUUGUCAAACAGGUCCCCAGUGCAAGGAAGAACUUGGAAAGCUUACUUCCUGCACUAUGGAAUUUGCCGCAAGAUAAAUAUGCCCCCGAACCCUCUGAUGCUUUGUUGGAUUAUUACUAUGGUCAGCUUGUUUUCAUUGAGUGUUAUCAACUUAAGCUGCAUAAAAAUGAAGAGCUCAUAGAUUUCACCGGCUUUAUCAAAGCCAAGGUGAAUUAUACAAGGCCGGAACUCAUUCAGGCCGUCGAGACGACCUACGUUCACUUGGGGCCUGCUAUACGUGCCAUUGAAGUUGCAGUCAAACUAUGGCUCUUUCUCUCCAUCGAGGACUGGGAUGAUAAGCAAACGCUAGAGCAAUACAUCCAGUCGAUUUUCCGAAAGUCAUCAGGGCCGUCCGAGGCGCCGUCUUUUUUGUUGACGUUUAAUAUCGACAACCUGAGGAAAGUUGGUGGAUUCCAAAUCAGUUGGACAGAACGUCUUGAGGAUCAUCUUUCAUUGAGUUUGGAGGACGAACACAAGGAACUCAAGAUCUUUCACCUAUCUUCUUUCUUGGACCUCUAUAGGCAUAGCAAUGAUCGCCCCAUCUUACCAUCAGGUUUCCUGGAAGAGACCGCACGCACAUUAUCGCUGCUGAUUCCUAGUUCCAACCUCAAAUGCCAGCGCUGGAUCCGCAAAGCCCAUCGAAAAUCAGUGAUUGACCUAGAAAUGGGCCAACUGCCUGCGACAUCCCGUGACGUUGCAGAUUUUACUUUCUGGGGCCGUCAGCUGUUAGAGCUUCGCAACGAAUAUGACCGAACAGAGCCAACGACUUUGCGGCAGUGGAUACUCGAUAAACGGAAGCCUAACCAGAGGUAUACAUUUUGGAUUGCGGUGAUAGCCUUGUUUUUGGGUUUAUUGUUUGGGCUCAUUCAAUCGGUGACAGGAAUAAUACAGGCAAUGCAUUAG